AUGGGUCAGAGGGCGUUUUAUACCCUAUCCUCAGUGUGGGCAGCCUGGAGUGACUCUUCCCAGGUGAGCAGUCCAGCGGACGGAGCCUUUACUGUUGUGGACUCUGGUCAUGGGGAUUCCUUAUCUGUAUCGACAGUGGAGGUCCCACUGACUCCCACAGCCAUCCCUACAGCCUUACUCCCCAUGCCGCUUUACCCGCUCUCGCAGCCACUGCGUGUGGCCUUCACUGCCUCUCGCACUGCCAACUUUGCACCCGGCAACCUUGACCAGCCCAUUGUGUUCGACCAAUUGCAUAGCAACCUGGGGGAGAUGUACGACACCCACAUUGGUCGGUUCACCUGUCCUGUGAACGGAACGUACGUUUUCAUUUUUCACAUCCUGAAGCUGGCCAUCAGCGUCCCCCUCUAUGUUAACCUCAUGCGCAACGAGGAGGUGAUGGUAUCUGCGUAUGCCAAUGAUGGAGCCCCUGAUCAUGAGACCGCCAGCAAUCAUGCCAUUUUGCCUCUUUUCCAAGGAGACCAGGUGUGGCUCAGGCUGCACCGUGGUGCCAUCUAUGGCAGCACGUGGAAGUACAGCACAUUUUCAGGCUUCUUACUUUAUCAGGACUGAACUGUGAAGGCUGGGUGAAGGCCACCUUCCUCCAGCAUGGUUUGCUUACAGCUUAUAUUUCAGAACUGGUCAGGCAGCAUGCCUGUGUAUCAAAUCUAUGAAAACCAAAAAUGGUUCCCAACUAAAUGGUGCUGUCUACACUUAAAGCCAUUUCCGUUUGGGAAGUUAAAAAUGGUUAUCAUACAGCUACUGUAGUCAACUAUUUUUUUUCUUUUUUUUUUUUUUUGUCUGAUGCUGGCUCAGCUGGACCGAGCUGUCGUCACAGAGAUGUUAAACCCACAGGUCCUGCAAGCAAAGAACAACAAGGUGGCCACUCUUAUGGAGUAUUCUAAAUGUGUUUUUGUUCUGAAUGGCUUUUGGAAGAUUUUCAGACCAUGUUGAGUGAAUAUCUUCCUCAUCAGGGACAUUACUGGCAUCAUUCUACUGGAGCCUGGCCUCUGAAGGAUUCCUGCUGAUGUGAAACAUACAGCUAAGGAGAUGAGUUGUGUUUGUUUGGUGGUGGGUAUGGUGUUGUACACUAGACCAAA